AUCACCAGUAUAACAAGGCUAAAAUUUGUUAACCUCUUGGGUUUUUCAGGGCAAACUUAACAUGAGUUUCCUUUACAAGCUGGUGGUUCUUGUUAAGCUGAAUAACUUGUUCCAAGAAUGGAUCGCAGAAUUUGGUGAGAGCAAGAAUCUUCCCCCUUCAGCAGCAGCAAAUGUUGGUGUCAAAAUAUUUACCUUUGGUUCUUACAGGCUUGGAGUACACACUCAAGGUGCUGACAUAGAUGUAGUUUGUGUUGCUCUUAGACAUGUAGAAAGAUUGGAUUUUUUUCAGUUGUUCUUUGAAAAACUGAAACAUCAGGAGGAAAUAAAAAAACCUAACGUGGCUGUACAUCACGUAAGAAUCUUUGUGGUCCGCUUCUCCCCUGCCCUUGGUUUGAGAAUGAGUCGGCUGUAUCAAAAAGCAAGGCUGUCCCUGGGAGCCCUGCUUUCAUCUCCGGUGCAGUAAGGGGCCUGGACAUGCACGCCGGGGGAGGAGGGGGCAGCCUGAAAACUCAGGAAGUUGGCGGUGAUGUGGAAAGGCUCCUGUCAGUCCCUUGGCCGUGCUGUUCCUCUGGAUAGACUUUAGGAGCUCUCGUUCAUCCUCCUCUGGCCACGUUCCUCUCUGGCUCCUCAGCCUGAGCCUUUGCGGCCGGGAUGCACACUGUCAGCUUUCCAGAAAGUUCACAGGGGCUGUGCUGGGAACGUACAGAACUGCUGUGUAAAAUGCCCCUCGGGUGCAUGCAUGGCAUACCUCACACGUAAAACUGAGCUCCUGGGAAGUGUUUCUCAGCCUGGGCUUCCUCACGCAGACGGUUUGAAAGACUUCAUGUGCAUAGCUACGGAGCCUUUGUUUAGGUGACUGUCACCUGAAAACAGACUCUCAGCGGGCCGUGGCACAGUUCUAACAAGUGCUCUACAAAACUGAAGACUGUGCCAGAAGGCAGCUGACAGCAUCUCGGGCAUGGUAGAAAAUAAAAAUAGAGAAGACUAGUGCACGCUGUGAAAUGUGGACAGAAUUUGUUAGAUUUUUCUGGAUGUUAACCAGCAGUAAGAU